ACACAUCACUCCCCUCAUUCCCAUCACAAAAAAAAUCAUGAAACCUCUCGAAAAAAAUCACUCCUCGACCACCACACCCGAACCCGAACCCGUUUCCACGGCGGAAUCCGGCAUGUUUUCCGACGAUAUUGACAGUUCAUGUUCAACUCCAUACGUUAGUGCUCCUUCAAGUCCAGGUCGUAAUCAACCACACAGUGGGUUCUAUUACAGUGCUCCAGCUAGUCCUAUGCACUUCGUUUUAACAACUGUUAGUGUAAAAAAUGCUGCUAACACCACUUCUAUUAUUUCAUCUCCUUCUGAAGAUUUCGAUUUUUCUGCUAGACUUACUGGUGACGGUGACGGUGGUGACGGAGAUGGAUCAAUGAGCUCAGCUGAUGAGUUGUUUUUAAACGGUAAGAUCCGUCCGAUGAAGUUGUCAACUCAUCUUAAACGUCCACAAGUAUUAGCACCAUUACUUGAUUUGGAUGAAAAUGAGGAUGAAGAUGAGAAAUUAGGUUUUCGAGGAAGAGAUAAUUUGAAGUUAAGGGAUAGAUCUUUAAGAAGAAGGACUAGAUCCAUGUCACCACUUAGAACUACGUCGUAUGAGUGGCAAGAAGAAUAUGAAGAAGAAGAGGAAUUGCAAGUAGUUGUUAAGGAGAAAAAUGAAGAGAUAAUUAUAAAGCAAGAUGAUGAAGUUGAAAAUGAAGCAUCGAAUGAAACGACACCGUGUCCAUCUGGAUCUUCAUCAAGGUCAUCUUCAGUAGGAAGAAGUUCAAAAAGAUGGGUAUUUUUAAAGGAGUUUUUAUAUAGAAGUAAAAGUGAAGGAAGAAACAAUACUCACAAGUUUUGGAGUGGGAUAUCAUUUUCACCUGUGAAAGAGAAAAAACUUGAGAAAAUUGCAACCCCAAAAGGGAAACAAAAUGGGAAUAAUAAUAAUACAAAAGAAGGGAAGAAGAAGUUUGUUAAUGGAAGUGGGAUAGGGAAGAGAAGAGUACCACCAUCACCACAUGAGUUGCAUUACACAACAAACAGAGCUCAAUCUGAAGAAAUGAGGAAAAAGACAUUUUUACCCUACAGGCAAGGUUUACUUGGAUGUUUAGGGUUCAGUUCAAAGAGUUAUGGAGCAAUGAAUGGUUUUGCUAGAGCUUUGAACCCUGUUUCUUCAAGGUAAAAAAAUCUGUAUAUCUAAUCAUUAUUAUUAUUAUUAUUGUCUAUCAUCCAUCAGAGAUGAGAUAUUUUUAAGUGAUUGUAUAGAUUUUUCUUGUUAUGGUAAUGUUUUUUCUUUUCUUUUUUUAAUGUUAUUCUGUUAUUUCUUUGUGUAUGUACUAAUUUGAUGGCAAAUCCACUCUAAAUGCUUAAUGAUGGGAUUUUGUUUAGCCAUUCA